AUGGGCGGCAUGGGCUUCACCAGCGCCGUGGACAUUCGCGAGCCGGCGUGGAUUGGCACGUGGGCGCUCGUCGCUGGGCUCAUGCGCCAGCUGCAUGCUCCUUUCCGCGACCUUGACGUGAGCAAGGCGCCGGGCUCCGAUUUCGACGAGCUGCGGGCGGCGCAUGACAGGCUCAAGAAGGAGCACGGCGAGAUCACGGCGACGUGGAAGGAGUGGGACGACAAGACGAAGGCGGAGUACUUUGACCUGGUUGGCGGUACGACAGGCAGGCCCCCGGACGUCGAGGUCUCGCCCAAUCUCUCUCGCGUAAUUUUCACAUCAGAUUCCUUCAGGCUUACCUUCGCAACGCUCCUAGACUCAACGUCGCAACGCAUACCCAGCAUGCAGUACGAGCCCUUCGCAACCACAACGAAGCACACGCUGCUCGGCGACGAUUCCUCCCAUGGCAACCUCUACGCCAAGCGCUCGACGUGCCAUCGCAUCUCGCCUCUGAGCGUCGCCUUGGCCAUCGGCAGCGCGAUCGCUGCUGGCACGCUCGCUUACGCCGUGCUGCCCAUUGUCUCAUCCUCCGUGCUGAUGGCCAGCCCGACGGUCGGUGAGGAGCAGGACAUGCGUGCCAAGCGCGUGCGCCUCCCGCCAGACGAUCUGCUCUCUGCAGACUCGACUCCGCAAAUGUGCCCACCGCGUGGACCGUGGCCUCAGCCUCCUGGCUGCCCCGGCAGCGACAAGGAUUCAGUCUUCCUCUCGCCCGAGGCGGCUAUGGCUGCGGCCGCCGCCGCGGCGAAAGCGGCGCAAGAGGGCAAGAGCCCGAAGGAGGUGCAACAGGCGGCCACGGAGGCGGCCGAGGAAGCGGCGGGCAGGAAGAGCCUGCUGCUCUCCGCUGCAGAAGUCAAGCUCGACGCCGCCCGCAGCCAGAUUGGUGGCGGAGGAUUGCCGCCGCAGCGCUUCGUCGUUGACGGCGUCACCCCAUCCUCGCACCAGAUGCUUCGGGGUGACUGCUACGUCUUCGCCGGGAGCGGGAUCCUUGAGGACAGCUACCGGCGCUACGGCGUCGAACGCGGGUGGUUUGACGGCUCCAAGUACAUGCGUCUCAGCCGCCAGGCGCUUGGCAUCGCGUACAUGGAGGCGUGCAAGCAAGAUCCGAUCAGCUACUGCCCGAGCGACGAGAUCAAGGCCGGAAACACGGUUCAGAUUUCGUGGGGCAACACGACCGAGGGCCGCGACGGUGGCGACGAGAAGCUGUUUGCCGUCCUGAGCGACCUCGCGGUGCUGCCCGAGAAGGUGUGCCCGUACCAGUCGGUUCCCAGCUCCGAGACCGACUGGCGGUGCGAUGGCCUCGCCGACGCGCGCAAGCGCAACCCGCUGCGGUUCAAGGUCAAGUCGUGGAAGACGCACUUUGCCCGGGACGACAUCAAGCGCACGCUCGUCGAGGACGGCAGGCCCCUCUCGCUCGGCCUCGGCGAGGUGAAGGCCUUCUACUACGCGCCGUGCGACGCCGGCCGCGGGUGUGACGAGAAGACGGCGGACUGCGCGCCGUGCCCUCUCGAGCGCGUCUACCGGGGCGUCUCUUGCUGCGUCGCCAUCGAUCGGCCAUGCGUCAACAUGAGGGGGGAGUGGUUCCACCAGCCGCACGAGCCACUCGUGCAGGCCGGCGGGCACGCCAUCAACAUCGUCGGCUUCAACGACCAUUUCCGCACCAACGCCGGCUAUGAGGGCGGGUGGAUCGUGCGCAACACGUGGGAAGACGGCGUGGGCGUGUCGCACGGGAUGCGUGCCCGCGGCUCGCACUCGGCAGCCUACUUCAUGCAGGACGUCGGCGAGCUGGAGGAGGCGCAGGCGUGCCCCAACCCCCACUCGCCUCGCUCGUGGAUGCCAUGCAAGGAUGCGGACGAGUGCCUCUCUCCGAUGACCGCCAUGAGCGCCGAGAGCACGCGCAAGGUGCUACGCCUCGAGUGCGUCGACAACGGCGCCGCCUUGCCGGAGGGCGCCUGUGAGUCCGGCGACAACUACUACCUGCAAAACAUCUCCGGGUUUGGCGCGUCCGGCCUCUACACUGCGUGCUUCCUGCGCGUGCCAUCGUCGGCCGCCGCCACAUCGCGGUGCUACCCGCCGGUGCCGCUGGACGAUCUGCCGAUGAUCUUUGGACCCGCCGAUGAAGAGUUGGAGCGAGUGGGCGUCAACGACCCGGAGCUGUGCGGCUUCAACUUUAUCCCCUUCAACACGUACGAGGCUCUCCAGUCCCGCUUUGGAGACGUCAUCGCCACGUCAUACGACAUCGAGUGGACCGAAAGUUCAUACGCCGCGCGCCGAGCCCCUGGCUACGACUACUCUCUCGUGCAGGCGUCGACGAAGCCCCUCCAGGCGGUGCCCAAGUACGCGCCGUCGCGCUAUCGCGCAAACGGGCUGUGA